GUUACUUAGUUAGCCAGCCAGUUGAAUGCGUCAGCGUCGCAAUUGCGCCGCAAUUGGGCACUAAUGAAAUAUUCUUGAUACGCAUUUACACUGCAUUGGGCGAAGGGAGAAAGGUGCGAAAGGUGAGCAAGGUGCGAAAGCUGCUAACUGAGGUGCUGAUUACCCAUCGCCAUGGCAGCCAUUUAUCCUGCAGGACAAUGGGAAGUGGGAAAGCUGGAAAAGCGCUGGCGGAAAAGUAUGGGCAACCACUCAGCUCAAUUAAAAAAUCGUUAAAGGAUAAACAAGUGCUUUUCCGUUUCACAAAUACGUUAUAGCUCUUUUAGACGGGAGAGUCAAGUGGUUCCCAUCAUCAAUUAAACUGAUACCGUACGAAAAUACUAGAAAGCCAGCAGUUAUGUGAACUGUAAAGAAUUGCUAAAUACCCUUGAAUAUAAUCUGUGAAAUAUCGAGUAGUUUUGAAAACAGCAGCCUGAGUCGCUUCCCUCAAAUUCCUGAUCCAAAAUGUAUAUAUUUCCACCAUAUACCCUGCUCCUGAUCAUCCUCCGCAUUAUGAGUGUCCGCACGAUGAGCUUCGACCUGCCCCACAACGGACACGACGCCUCCCUGGCUAGCUAUCUGGACAACAUCAACGAUGACGUACCUACCCAGGGCCUCAACUGCGAUGGGAAUGGCAGUUCGGGGGUCACAGUGAUGCCAUUGCCUUAUCUGAGAUGCACCACUGGAGGCGAAAACAUGGACGAUCGGGAUCGAGGCCGCGAUUGGGACAGAAAUACAGCCAGGGAUCGGGACAAAGACAGGAAUAAAAAUAGAGAUAGGGACAACUGUGACUCCUGUGACAGCGAUAUGUUCAAUUCGCGGCUAAAGGCCACCCACAUUGCCCAGAAUGCCGCCCAGGUGGCCAAGGCAGCCAAUGAUGCACAGGCGGCCGCCGCCCAUGAUGCAUCGCGGCAGGCGAAGAUGCAGCUGGCGGAAAAGGCCAUCUCCGCCGCCCGUGCUGCCGAUGCCGUGCUCGAGGGCAAGCAGGCCAUGGUGGACAACUACGCUAGGGAGAUCCGGGAUGCCGAGGAGGUGGUCGGACAGGUGCGCUGCUCGCUGGAGAUCAGUGACACGAAUGUGGAGGCCGCCGUUGCCGUAGUCAAAGCAGCGGAGCGUCAAGCCGAAUCAUUCAGGGUCCUGGUGCAACAGACGAGUGGCACUUUGUCGGAAAUGGAAGGCCUAAUCGAUCAGGCGAACGUGGAUAUCGAAGAAAAGAAUCUAAUGCUGGCGGCGGCGAAGGCGCGUGGUGACCGCCUGGCCCGCCAGGUGGCGCAGGCCAAGUCGGAGUACGAACAGGUGAGGGAGGCGGCCUGUCGCGCUGCAUCCGCCGCCGUGGAGGCCAAGCAAAAAGUCAGCUCCGCCGCUUUGCUGUGCAAGACGUCGCCUCACCGCCCACCCAAUGCGUGUGGUUACUCACUCGACAGGAACACCUGCAACGCCCUCCUGGAUCUCUACAGGCAGCGCCGACGGCAGCAACAGCGACUGCGGCGGAAGAUGGUCCUGAACGAACUGGAUCCCUAUCAAGGGCAUUCACUGUACGGGGAUCACUCAUACUAACAAAUGCGCUCCCCACUGACUGAUACCUUCCACGUCUACAAUUCUGUUUUUCUAAACGCUGCGAAUUAUAUUCUCUAUUUGGAUAAGAGUUUCCAGUUUUUUCAACAGUUUAAGGGUAUUACUUCUUUUUCAGCGUAAAUAUUAGGUAUACCCAACUGCGAGUUGUACAAACUUUGUUUUCUUGUUAUUUUAUUUCCCACUUUAUAGAUCGAACUAAAUAGCUUG